GCUUCCCGCUGUGGAAGAUACCCCAGACCUGGGGCUAGGGCCAUCCCCUCCCUGCUGUGACACCCCAUUUCCCCAGCGGGACUGGACAUUGUACAUAAAGUCAUAUAGGCCAUGAACUGAGCACCGAUCCCGGACUUUCAUGAGCACAGCGUGAGGUGCACUCAGACCUGCCACCCAUCAGCCCCUCCCCUCCCUAGCAUUGAGGACUUCCAGAGAAGAUGGGGAGGAAAAAGAUUCAGAUCCAGAGAAUCACUGAUGAACGAAAUCGACAGGUGACAUUCACCAAGCGCAAGUUUGGACUGAUGAAGAAGGCGUAUGAGCUGAGUGUGCUAUGCGACUGUGAGAUUGCCCUCAUCAUCUUCAACCACUCCAACAAGCUGUUCCAGUAUGCCAGCACCGACAUGGACAAGGUGCUCCUCAAGUACACUGAGUACAACGAGCCACAUGAGAGUCGCACCAAUGCUGACAUCAUCGAGACCCUGAGGAAGAAGGGCUUCAAUGGCUGCGACAGCCCCGAGCCUGACGGGGAGGACUCACUGGAACAGAGCCCCCUGCUGGAGGACAAGUACCGGCGCGCCAGUGAGGAGCUGGACGGGCUCUUCAGGCGCUAUGGGUCAGCUGUACCAGCUCCCAACUUUGCCAUGCCAGUCACGGUGCCUGUGUCUAAUCAGAGCUCACUGCAAUUCAGCAAUCCCAGCAGCUCUCUGGUCACCCCUUCCCUGGUGACAUCGUCCCUCACAGAUCCACGACUCCUGUCCCCACAGCAGCCAGCACUACAGAGGAACAGUGUGUCUCCAGGCCUGCCUCAGCGGCCAGCUAGUGCAGGCGCCAUGCUGGGGGGAGACCUCACCAGUGCUAAUGGAGCCUGCCCCAGCCCUGUUGGAAAUGGCUAUGUCAGUGCUCGAGCCUCCCCUGGCCUCCUCCCUGUGGCCAAUGGAAACAGCCUAAACAAGGUCAUCCCUGCCAAGUCUCCACCCCCACCUACCCACAGCGCCCAGCUUGGAGCCCCCAGCCGAAAGCCCGACCUGCGGGUCAUCACUUCCCAGGGAGGCAAAGGGUUAAUGCAUCACUUGAACAAUGCCCAGCGCCUUGGGGUCUCCCAGUCUACCCACUCGCUCACCACCCCAGUGGUUUCCGUGGCAACGCCGAGUUUACUCAGCCAGGGCCUCCCCUUCUCUUCCAUGCCCACUGCCUACAACACAGAUUACCAGUUGACCAGUGCAGAGCUCUCCUCCUUACCAGCCUUCAGCUCACCUGGGGGACUGUCGCUAGGCAAUGUUACUGCCUGGCAACAACCCCAGCAGCCACAGCAGCCACAGCAACCACAGCCACAGCCACAGCAGCCACAACAGCCACAACAGCCACAGCCACAGCAGCCUCAGCAGCCGCAACAGCCACCUCAGCAACAGCCCCACCUGGUCCCCGUAUCUCUCAGCAACCUCAUCCCAGGCAGCCCCUUGCCCCAUGUGGGUGCUGCCCUCACGGUCACAACUCACCCCCACAUCAGCAUCAAGUCAGAACCGGUGUCCCCAAGCCGUGAGCGCAGCCCUGCGCCGCCUCCUCCAGCUGUGUUCCCGGCUGCCCGCCCUGAGCCUGGUGACGGUCUCAGCAGCCCUGCAGGGGCAUCCUAUGAGACCGGGGACCGGGAUGAUGGACGGGGGGACUUCGGGCCCACACUGGGCCUGCUGCGCCCAGCCCCAGAGCCAGAGGCUGAGGGCUCGGCUGUGAAGAGGAUGCGGCUUGAUACCUGGACAUUAAAGUGACGGUUCCCACCCCCCUCCUCUCAGCCUCCCUGAUGAAGAGUUGACAAUCUCACCGCCCACCCCUCCCUGUCCUGGGCUCCUCCCGCUCGACCCCCACUUCCUUUCUUGUGCUCCAUGUCCUGUUGACGGUUACAUUUGUGUAUAAUUAUUAUAUUAUUAUUAUUAUAUUUUUUUUAAUUUGGAUUCUCGCUUUGGAGAGAGGGAUGCUCUCAUCCCCUUUCUCACCGCCCCCCACCAUUUUCACUGGUGGGGGCUCUCUUUUUGCGGGAAGGGGGGGUCACUUUGCACGUUGUACACAUAUGCUGCAGGAAGGGGGUGGGGAGCCCGGUACGCCUUUGGGAAAGGACAGGUGCCGAGCCCUGCAUGUGGAGCCCUCCCACCCCAUCCCCCAGACAGAGGGAAAGAACCAAAAACUACCAAGCAACAAAAACCCAUACAACAGACUGAACCCCAAAGUUGGCUUGAUGGUGGGUUUGUGUUUCAAGGGGAAUGUGAAGAGGCAGAAGUCCUCUGCUUCUGGGCUGUUCACACGGUGGUAGGCACACAGGCCAGUUCCCAAGCCUGGCCCCCCCCCCACCUCCUCUGCACACAUACACAAACACUCUGAUCCUUGUGCGUGCUGCAUCCCUAAGGUCUGCGGGUGCUGGGAAGGCUGCCUGAGAUUCUGAAGCUGGGGCAGGGCUUUGAGGUGGAGCCUCUCUGGUAGCACAUUGGAGAUACAGACACAACCAUGAGGAGAGGGCUGAGAAGGACAGAAGGGCUGGGCAAGGGAUGAACUGGGGUCCUCCCCCCCCCAGCUUUUUCUCUAAGAUAUACAGUGCAAUAGCUCCCCAUCCCUCAGUUGACCCAGCCCCAUAAGCUGGCCACAAGUGCAGGGAGACUGGGGAGAGGAACUCCAGUGAGGUAGCCUCAGGGCUGGGCCAGUCAGCCUUAAGCUCCUCUGGGGUGCUUGAGAGCUAGAGCCUUCCAUCCGUGGGGCAGCUAUGGAGAGGGCACUUUGACCCAGAGGAGUGGACACUGGGAUGGUCUGCAGAGGCAGGAGGCCCCCACAGUGAGGUCUACUGGUCCAGGGCCUCCCGGGCCCCUCCUCCUUGUUCCUCUGCCCCAGCUCCCUGCUCUUGGCACCCUCAUUGUCUUGCUACCUCCUAGUCCCACCACCUCCAGGCUGCAUCCCACCUUCCCUCUUGGCUACUGUAAUUGUAAAUAGCGACCUUUGGAAAACCUUAGCAGUGUAACAGUCCAGGAAACUGGUUUUUUUUUUUUGUUGUUGUUGUUGUAUUGAUAUGAAAUGAGAUUCUAUUUUUGUCAAAGUAUAUUGUAAUAAUAAUGACUCAAAUGGCCCGUACUGUACAGA